AGUGCAUAUGGAAUCAGAAUACCUUUUGGUUACCACAUGGCCAUUUUAUGGUUGAAACUAGCGUUAUUAGUUAGACUAGGAGGUUCGUUUACAAUCAGGUAUUGCUCUUACAAGAAUCAGCCAAGCUUCCUUUUUAAAUUAUAUUCUACAGCAAUACAGUUUGAAGAUCCAGAGCUUGCUGUGUUCAAGGGUAAAAACAUUAUAAUCGAUAAUACGAAUGUGAAUGAAUAUAACACAUCAGUAGAGCAGAUUUUGAAUACAAGAUGUGUUGGAUUUGAUUUGGAAUAUCUUCCAGACUAUUAUGCAUCCAUUCGUGAGAUAUCCGAUCGGCGUAAACCCUCAUUAGUCCAGAUUUGCGGAGAUUCCACGUGUCUUAUCUAUCUAAUUUACAAAAUCGGCUACAUACCACUCUCGUUGCUAAAUAUUCUCAACAACACAAAUAUACUAAAGGUUUCCCACGGGGCUCCAUCGGAUAUGCUUUUGCUGUAUAGGCACUUUGGAACUAUAUGCACUAAUUUUGUAGAUUUGUUAAAAAUUUGUAGAGAAAACAAAAUACAUCCUACAACACUUCAAAAUGCUACUGCACACGUACUAAAUCUCAAACUUUCUAAGAGACAGCAGUGUUCUAACUGGGAAGCAAAAACAUUAACAACAGAGCAAAUAGCGUAUGCUUCUACUGAUGCCUGGGUUACACGUCAGAUUUAUUUGCAGCUGAGCCCUUCAAAAGUUGACAAAUUGUUUAUCAAUUCGAAUGGUGAAAUUGAAACUGCUUAAAGUUUAAAUCUUAAUCUUUUGACUAUUUUGU